AUGUCUCCCGCUCUUGUUCAGGCUGGUGCUGGCUCUGCCACGAAGGAAGUCAAGAGAGAAUCCGCGACCGCCCGUCUCCUGGGUUCUGGAACGGCUGGUAUUACGGAGCUCAUGGUUUUCCACCCUGUCGACACCAUUGCCAAGCGGUUGAUGAGCAACCAGACUCGUAUCUCCUCCUCUGAAGCAAUGAACAAGGUUAUUUUCAAGGAAUUUGCCGACGCCCCCGCUGGCCGCAAGUUUACCUCUCUUUUCCCAGGUCUGGGUUACGCCGCCGGUUACAAGGUCCUCCAGCGUAUCUAUAAGUACGGUGGCCAGCCCUUCGCGCGCGACUAUCUGGCCCAGCACUACGGUUCCGACUUCGACAAUGCUUUUGGAAAGGGAACUGGCAAGGCUAUCAUGCACGCGACAGCUGGAAGUUUGAUCGGUAUCGGAGAGAUUGUUCUUCUGCCCCUCGACGUUCUCAAGAUCAAGCGUCAGACUAACCCCGAGGCCUUCCGCGGCCGCGGCCUCUUCAAGAUCAUCCAGGAUGAGGGUAUGGGACUGUACCGUGGUGCCGGCUGGACUGCAGCCCGCAACGCUCCUGGAUCUUUCGCUCUUUUCGGUGGUUCCGCCUUUGCCAAGGAGUACAUCUACCAGCUGAAGGACUACAACUCUGCCACUUGGAGCCAGAACUUCGUGGCUUCCAUCUGCGGUGCUAGUGCUUCUCUGGUUGUGUCUGCUCCUUUGGACGUCAUCAAGACCCGUAUCCAGAACCGCAACUUCGAGAACCCUGAGUCUGGUUUCCGGAUCGUGUCCAACAUGAUGAAGAACGAGGGUUUCACCAGUUUCUUCAAGGGUCUGACGCCCAAGCUGUUGAUGACCGGACCUAAGCUUGUGUUCAGCUUCUGGCUGGCUCAGACGCUGAUCCCUGCGUUUGGCCAGGUUGUAGCCGCAGAUCCCAUCUUCGCCUUCGCGAUAGGCACCACCGCCGCCCUCCUGCGCAUCCAGCGCGAACAGCGCGAGAAAUUCCCCGAGCGGGCCAAGGACAUCGGAAUCGGGGGUGUGGUGCAGCUGGGGGCGAGGCGGGUCCAACGCUGGUGGGCGGGCGAUUUCGCAGGGUUGUGA